UUGCCAUCCCGUCGUCCGUAUUAUUCUCGAGUAUCCAAACAUUCAAUUAAGAUGUUAGACACUUUAUGAGCACAUUAUGCUGCUUACAUUACGGCCCAGUCACAAGAAAGGUCAUCCCGAUAAAUGAUAACACUCUUCAAGUCUAUUCGUCCAAUAGAUAAAUCUCUUAUUCAAACAUAAUCGUUUGAAAUAUUCUCCUAUUAGUGCUACUUCCUGUGUGCAGACCUUUUGUGCUCCUUAAUGAAAGCAACGAGUCCGGCCCAUGACAUACCACACGAACAACAAUGCUGUGAUAUACAAGUAAGUACACAUUAGGAAUGAAAAGAUGAAGAGAAGAUGUCGAUCUUGUUGCAACGUCUGCCUCCUUCUCGUAGGACUAGCACUAAUCUGUUUAGGAAUUUCAAUUUUUGUGUAUUUCGAAGCUCUCUAUGACUACCUGAUAACCACCUCGAUGUCGUUCACUCCAAAAACUGAGCCGUAUAGAGUAUGGAGGAUAAAUGAGCCGCCCUUGGAUUUGGAUAUAUAUCUUUUUAAUUGGACGAACCCUCAGGACUUGUUCACGGAAGGAGUGAAACCCAAAUUCGAAGAAAUAGGACCCUAUAAGUUUAAAGAAGUGAAGGAAAAAGUGAAUAUCACGUGGCAUGAUCAUAAUCACACGAUCAGUUAUAGACAUAGAAAGGCCUAUUAUUUUGAUGGGGAACGCAGUGCGAGGAAUCUGACUGACGUCAUUACUACUAUCAACAUAGUGCCCUUGACAAUCGCAUACAAAGCUCGCCAUUUCGGCUACUUCUCCAAGCGUACAAUUUCAUACUCCUUAUCAACCUUAUCAAGUUUAUACGUGACUAAAACCGCCGGCGAGAUACUCUUUGACGGUUACGAAGAGAGCAUCCUCAGCAUUCUAAGCAGCGUCCCAUUGACCGGGAUCACAGACAAGUUCGGCUUGUUUUACGGGAAAAACGGCACGAUCGGCGGCGAUGGAAUCUUCAGCAUGUGGACCCAAGUCGAUGAAAAGUUCGGAAAGAUCAUCACGUGGAACCACAGGAACGAAUCUGACUAUUACGAGGGCGAAUGUAACGCCGUCAAGGGGUCGGCGGGCGAAUUUUACCCCAUCAAUCAGAAACCAGAUUACAUUGAAUUCUUCUCAUCCGAACUGUGCAAAUUUGCCAAGCUCGAAUACGAAAAGGAUGUGGUUGUUAAAGGGGUGAAGGGGUACAAGUACACGGGGAAGAAUAUCUUUGAUAACGGCACCCUCCGUCCCGAUAAUAAGUGCUUCUGCGUGGGUGAAUGCCAACCUUCCGGCAUUUUCAACGUGUCGUCCUGCCGCCAGGACUCCCCGACUUUCCUCUCGAUGCCGCACUUCUACAAUGCGGACCCUUACUACAUAAACGCAAUCGAAGGGCUGAAACCCGAAGACAAGCACGAAUUUUACAUUACUCUCGAACCGAAAUCAGGGAUUGUGAUCGACAUAGGGGCGAAGAUGCAGGUCAACGUGCUGUUGCAACCCAUCCCCUAUAUCACUAUGUACGAAAAGGUGCCAAAGCUCGUCUUCCCAGUAUUCUACUUCGACCAAAACCUCCCCGCCACCGACGACUUAGCCUCAAUUUUAAUCCAAAUCCAAAGUCUUCCUGACGUGAGCAACAUCGCCGUCCUGAUAUUACUAACUCUAGGUUUAGCCUCCAUCGUCUGGAUCCUCAUCAACAUGUAUUGUUGGUCCAAGAAGAAAAAGGAAAUCCAGACCCAAUGUAAAAUACCUCAAAACACUGUGACCGUCGAAGAAAUUCCGCUUCAUCGUUGAAAGCUGCCUUUUUAUGAUUAUGGAACUUUUAUCGUUGUAUUACGAUAAUUAUUACUGUUAUGUUAGUUUUAUUUAUAUUAAAACGUUAAAACCAA